AUGGCUAGGCGGCAUUUAGAAUCAGCUUUAGCAGCUGGUGCUUUUAUGGAAUAUGGUAUAGCACCGUGUUUUCGAUUCACGCGUAUACGAUUUGUUCGGCAUUGUUUCCCACCGAAUUAUGAUUGUCCAAACAAGUUUGCUGAGUUAACUAUUGAUGGUAACGAUGUUGAUGAUAGUGAUAAAUUGAUCAAUGAAAGAGUGAACACUUAUGAUAAUACAUAUAUAGUCACCAAAUGUAAUUGUUUUGGUUUAGAGAAUUUAAAAAAGCCAUUGAAUGAUGAUGACAAUGAUGAUUUAGACAGAGAUACAUAUAUCAGGGAUAAACAACUAAUUGUAAGCAGUGGUGACUGUGAAGAUGUGAACAAACACGAUACAACUGCUUGUCGUUUACAUAUGCGAGAUUAUCUGAAAAGGCAACCAUGGCGUCGUCUACAGGAUGAUUAUGCAAUACACGCAAUACAAUUUAGUAUAGAUGGAAAGUAUAUUUUAGCUGGUUCUGCAAAUACAAGUAUUCGAGUGAUUCAAACAUCCGACGGUAUACAGCGUAUAUUGCCUAGACCGUCUAAAUGGACAUUGGGUAUGCCUGUUACAGCUAUACGAUUUAUGCCAACUAAAUAUGAAUGGGCUGUUGCGUGUAAUUCACACGGAGAAGUAUUUAGCUUUCAACCAGAUUCAGAAGGAUUUGAAACAUUAUUUACAGAACCUCAACAGACAUAUACACUGGAUAUGUCUCCUGAUGGUUUAGAGUUAGCAACUGGUGGUACAGAUCGAAGAAUUCGCAUAUAUGCCUUGCAGCCAGGUGGUGUCAUCGGUUUGCCGUAUGAAAUAACUGAUGAAACAUCGUAUAAUAUGAGUAAAGGUUAUCACAUGCCUGGUAGUAUAAAGAGAAGUUUAAUUGAAACAGCGAGAAAUAAAAAUUAUGAAAUUUUAAAUAAUGCUGUUGAACGAAGUAGAUCCAACUAUCCUGGUGGUAGACCAGAUCAAAUUGUUGAUAUUACUGUUAAACCGUACAGUGUUAUACAGUGUUACAGUACAUCUGAGACAAGUCAACUGAGUAUACAUGAACCAGCAGCUUUUUAUAGUUAUUAUCAACAACAAAAUCCUCUUGCCAUUCCUUCAUUAAGAGAAUAUGUUGCUACAUCACCUGGAAUCAAUAUUACUGAAGGACAUUCAAUGCGUAUUAUGGCUUUGAAAUAUCAUCCAAAUAAGUCAGCUAUGCUUAUUAGCGCUGGUUGGGAUAAUCUAGUCAAGAUAUGGGAUACAAGACAGCAAACUGGCCCAGUAUUUCAGAUUUACGGACCGCAUAUUGCCAGUCCUGAUGGAUUAGACAUACAUGAUAAUUACUUGUUAACAGCUUCUUGGAGAGGAAAACAAAGUCUUGAGAUAUGGGAUUUUCGUGUGUUGACAUCAUCCACUGGGAAAGCAAAAACCUUUCAUUUACACUCAAACAAUCCUUCCAGUUUGAUGGAUAUUGGCGACUACUCUAAGUCAAAUCCUCCUCUGUCUUGUCGAAAUCCUCAAGAAGGACCAGCUGAAGUACUACCAAUGUCUGGGUCAGUUUGGGGUGAGCAUGGAAUGGGAGACUCUGGUGAAUAUUUGUAUGCUGCAAGAUUUCUUCCAUGUCGCGCUGUUGUAGCUGGCGGUUCAGGUUUCCGACAAAUAAGAGUCAUUGGGAGAGAUACUCACUUACCGAUCGUAAGAAUUCCAACAGAUUCUGUAGUACAAACAAUCGAUACAGCACUUGAUGGUCGAUAUGUCAGUGCUGGAUGUUCAAGUGGGACUGUUACUCUUAUCGCAUUAGCGUGA